AGGCGCGGUAAUUUCCGUUCAACUUCCGUGUUGUUGCAAUGGGUUGGUUUGGAAUGUCAACAAACACGAGCAGAUGAAGAGACAUGAGGAUAUUGGCAGUUCUCAUGGCUAUAUUUGUCUCCACAAAUAUAAGCACAGGGGAACAAGAUAUAAGAUUAAAGUAUUUUGAAACUCUGAAGAUAUCCGACAUUAAAUUACGAACCCGAAGAAGUAUUGACCCAAACCCUAAGUCUCAUCUGCAUCAGGUUUCAUUUCACGCUCUUGGAAGAGAUUUUCAUCUAGAUCUUCGCCUAUCAACAAUUCUAUCCCCAGGAUUUAAGGCUACCAUUGUUGACAAAGAAGGGAAGAUACGCAAAGAACCAAUCGACUAUUCACAAUUCUUCAGUGGAAAACUUGCAGAUGAUGCACAGUCUGAUGUAACAGCACAUUGGGAGGAUGAUGUUCUCAUGGCCAGUAUAAGUACUCAAGAGGAUGAUUAUGUGAUAGAGCCAUCAUGGCGUGUCCUUCCUCCGUCCAGUAACCACAGUAUCAUAGCCUACAGGAAGUCUGACAUGAAGUGGGAUAAAAACCCAGACGGCACUGGCUACAGGGAAAGAUUUUGUGAUGGAGCAGAUACCAGUAUUGAUAGAGAAGAGAAUUUAGAAGAAGCAGACACCAUUGAAUUGACUGGAGAUUAUUCAGGGAAGAGGGAGAGAAGAGACACUUCUGCUUUGAUUGCAGAUCACAAAUCCUGUCGCCUGUAUGUCGUGGCUGAUUACUCAUUCCACGAAAAUAUUGGAAAACGUAAAAUCCACUGGACGGCCAGUUAUCUGAUAAGCAUAUUGAACAAAGUAAAUACAAUAUAUAAAAGAACGAAAUGGCCAGAUGAAAACUCAGCAUUGUCUGGAUUGGGAUUCGAGAUAGCAGAGUUAAAGAUCCAUGAAGGGUAUACCUAUGGUGAGGGGGAUCACUACAACAUGGCUAACAGGAAUUACAACACUACCCGUCUGCUGCAGGUUUUCAGCAGAGGGACCGAGUUCCAGGGCUACUGUCUAGCCCACCUUUUUACAUAUGAGACGUUUGGGCGAGGUGUGCUCGGCCUGGCCUAUAUAGCAUCUCAUAAACAUAACACACCUGGUGGAAUAUGCUCACCUUCUUUCACAGUGGAUGGUCAUUUGUCCACUCUAAACACAGGCUGGAGUACUUCAGCCAACAGUCAGGGAAACAGAGUUCUCUCCCUUGAAGCAGCGCUGGUCACUGCUCAUGAAUUGGGUCACAGUUGGGGGAGUGAAUAUGAUGUGAGUCUUCGAUGUUCUCCAAAACAUGAUGACGGAGGACACUAUCUCAUGUAUCCUUACUCUGUCACCGGGUACGAAGCCAAUAAUAAGUAUUUCUCGCCUUGUAGUAGGAGAUACAUCUAUAUUGUUCUAAAAUCAAAAGUCAAAGAUUGUUUCACAGCUGAGAGGAAAUCCUUCUCGUUCUGUGGAAACGGUCGUGUAGAUGAAGAUGAAGAAUGUGACGCUGGAACUUUUGGUGACCAGUGUUGUAACAAGGAAUGUAAACUGGUGGACGACGCUGUGUGUAGUCCAUGGAAUUUUGCUUGUUGUCAUAGUAACUGUAAGGUGGCGCCGGUAGGUACUGUGUGCCAUGAUAUGCCUGACGACACCGUCAGCUGUAAGGGGACGGCCUACUGCGAUGGGAUUAAUAUGACAUGUCCGAGGCCGAAGGACAAAGCAGACAACAGUUCCUGUGUGGAUGAAGGUCGAUGUUUUAAUGGUGCCUGUGUGGGGUAUUGUGAACUGAGAGGAAAAGUCGCCUGUAUAUGUCCCCAAGAGUCUGCUUGUUAUAGAUGUUGUAAAAAGCCAAAUGACACCAAUUCUGUGUGUGAGAUGGAACCAGAAAUGCAUAAAUUACCUGAUGGCCGUCCAUGUUACCGUGGAUACUGUGUCAAUGGAGUCUGUGAGAAGCAGAUUGCAGAUGUUAUCCAGCGGUUGUUUCGCCUCAUUGAAAAUAUCACUGCUGAUGAAUUAGUUGCCUUUAUGCGUAGUAACAUUGUGGGAACCAUCAUUGUCUUCUCUCUGAUGCUGUGGAUUCCAGCCAGUUGUACCUUCAGCUACUUUGACAAGAAGAAGGAAAGACGUUACUACAGGGAAGCACAGGGCUAUACUAAUCAGGGUUAUUUUGACCGGAGUAGAUCUUUACAUACAUUAAAUGAAGAAGACAAAAACAGAGUGUGGCAUUAUGGGAGUUUCAAGCUGCGAAACGCUGGCAGUGUGGUGCGCAAACAGAAUCUAUUGACAGGGUAUGCAGACUUGGAGCGCGAGUCUAAAGUUUAGCGAACUCGGACCAAGAAGAAUUUCAAGAUUUUGACCAGUGAAGAUUGUUCCUCCAUUCAUGGAUACUUAUAGCUUGCUUGAGUUAUAACAGUUCACACAUUGACUUCGACAAAUAUGACCUUGACAUUAGAUAUAGCAACCUUGACAUUGGAUAUAGCAUUUUUGACAUUUGACAUGACGACCCUGACCUUACGACCUUGACCUUGCAAAAUUGAUCUUGACAUCUGACAUGAUGAUUUCCAUUUUAUUUGAUUUCCUACUUUUCUUACUAAACAUUUGACCAGCAAGACAAUACCACAACAAAGAUGCAUUUCCAGUAACAAUACUUUUAGAAUAUUGUCAAGAUUCUAUUGUCAAGUACAUUGUAUUUCGCUGUAAAUUUACUUCAUAUAACAAAUUUACAAAACAAAAUUAAGACUGAAGUUUGAAUGUGUUCCGUGAUGAUGCAGUUAGCAGACAUAAUAUUGUUUAAUGGCCAAGUAAGCUACAGGGUUAUUGACCAUAUCUAUAAUUAACUGUAAUAUUGUGUUUAUGUCUCAUAGUGAAGCUUGAUCCUGUGAAUUUAUCAUCGUCUGUAUAUUGUUAUAUGUUAACAUAUCCAUAUACAAUUGUUUCUAAAUAUUUUCUCACUUUUUUUUGUAGCUUACAUUUUUUUUUAUUUUCAUACCUUUUCUUAUUAAAUGCCAUCAAAGAACAUUAACAUAACUAUUUUGUUACGUACUCACCCUAGUUUUGGUAUAUAUAUCUAUAUCUACUUAUUAAUUAUUAUUUAUCCAAUUAUUUCAAAGCUAAAAAUGUUUUUAUUUAAUGAGAAUAAGUAAAAUCAUUGGAUAAGAAACUUCUGUUUAACAUGAUCAACUUCUUAAGAAUUUAUUUCUGUUGAACUGAGUCACUUCAACCUCUAGAACAGAGCUUAAUGUUAAUUCGUUUAUUGGUUAAAACCAAAUAGAUAUCACAUUAAGUCUUUAAAUUAGAAACACUGUCAAAGGUCAUUCAAAGUCAUCACCACUGAUUAUCCUCGUUACUCUAGAAGCUAUUAGUUUAUUGAUAAAAGUUGUGGCAGUUUUUUUGGCCCCGUUAAUAAAAAGAAAAACAUAUCAAGGGUGAGAAAUAAUAGAAUUUAUAGGUGUUCUAGGUGUAAAAAUGUCUAUAUAAUAAUAACAUGAAUUGAGUAUGAGUUUAAUCUUCCAUUUAUAAUUACUGUUUAGUUGGUUAUAUUCCCUGGGAAUUCCAUUUACUUUAUAGUUGCAAUUGGUUAUAUUCGCUGGGGAUUAAACUUUGCUAUAUUUGCGUUCACCAAAGACAACACCAAGUUAUAUCACCCAGCAAAGGAAAGCUGUUAACAUGUUAACCACCAAAAGAUGAAGAUAAAACAAAAAAUUCAUGUAAAAAAAAGAAAUUGCAUCUCAUCUCCAAAAUAAAAAAAUUACCAUAGAGAACAUGAAAGUCUUACCUUACCAUGAUGCGAGAAAUGUUAUACCCUCGAAAUAGUUCUGAUGGAGACAACUGUGAAUAUAUACUAGCCACACAAAAUUCAACAACUAUAGAGAAAUUGCACAGCAGUGUUGUGUAAUAGUGCUGUGGUCAUAUCGGUGGAAUCACUACGUAUAUCACAGUACCGAGGUCACAGAAGUGUUAUUUAAUAGUGCUGUGGUCAUAUCAGUGGAAUCACUACGUAUAUCACAGUACCGAGGUCACAGAAGUGUUAUGUGAUAGUGCUGUGGUCAUAUCAGUGGAAUCACUACGUAUAUCACAGUACCAAGGUCACAGAAGUGUUAUGUAAUAGUGCUGUGGUCAUAUCAGACUCGAAUUACUACGUAUAUCACAGUACAGAGGUCACAGAAGUGUUAUGUGAUGGUGCUGUGGUCAUAUCAGUGGAAUCACUACAUAUAUCACAGUACCGAGGUCACAGAAGUGUUAUGUGAUAGUGCUGAGGUCAUAUCAGCGGAAUCACUACAAUAUAACAUAUCACAGUAUCGAGGUCACAGCAGUGAAAUCACUAUUGCAUAAUGAUUAUCAAAGUAGUGUUGCGAUCACAGUCAUGAAACCACUAUAGUAUAGUGUUACAUAUACUUGGCAGCUGUCUGAAAUUUCAAAAGGGGAGUUAUCCCAUGCUCAGAAUGAAAAGCAUAAAUAAAAUGUUCAUGUACAUCCCAGGGAAAAAAUAACACUUUUUAAAUAGCAUCUUUUGACUGUUCUUUCAGGUAAAAUCAUCAAAUCUUAGAAAAUAGGAAUAGUUUGGCAAAUUCACUGCGGGUCGAAAAUCAGAAGUCUAUCUCUAAAUUAGGGAGAUUUGGCAAAUAUAGUAUAGUGUUACUGUUAUUAUCAAAGGAAUGAAACCUCUGUAGUAUUUGAUAGUGUGACAGUCACAGCUGAGGAAUUUCAGUUACAUAUCAUUGCAAUGUUAUGAUUGCAGCAACAUACUAUCAGUUACAAUAAUGUUACCUAAAGUAAUGGUUUCAUCAGAAUGGUUAAGUGAUUGUUGGUCCUGUUGCAUCAUGACAUGUAUAUAUAGCACUGUAAAUUAUUUGUUUUUUUCAUUAGAGUUUUAUAUCAUCUUCGUGAGACUGUGACAGUGUUGGGAUGAGUGCCAUGUACGUAAGGCAGAGCCUCAAUAAUCCAGCCAUGCUUUUUUGCCAGUAGAUAAUCCAACAUCCUUGUUCCAAAUAGAUAAUCCAACCACCUUUGUUUCCAGUAGAUAAUCCAGCCACCUUCAUUCCGAAGAGACUUUUAAUCCAGACAUCUUUGCUCCUAUAGUAGAUAAUCAAGUGAGCUUUGUUCCAAGUAGAUCAUCUAGCCAGCUUGUUCCCUUUAGAUACCCCACCUACAUUUCUUUUCCGUAGAUAAUCCAACCUUUUAAUUGCCAGUAGAUAAUCCAGCCAUUUGUGUCUCCAGCUGAUUUUCAGAUUGAUAGAUUCAAUAACUAGGAAAAUAAAAUAUGGAUUAGCUAGCAACUACAGGUGGCUGGCAAAUGGAACAACAAUAUUGAUGGUGGCUCUUUAAUUUUCAUGAAUACAUAGUUUUGCAUUUAUGCUUGAAAGACUUCUCAGUUUUGUGUGUUAAUUAGCAAAUUGCAAACAUUGUACCACUCUCCUGAAAUUGUUCUGGAGGGGCAUUCUUCCUUUAUCUUUAUUUUACCUUUCCUUUAAAUCAUUGUCCCAAUCAAUUCACCAUCUUCCAGUUUCUGUUGGCUGGAUUAUCAAGGCAAGUCCCAAGGAUUCUUAUUUGUGAAUGGAGUGAUAGCAGAUAAAUGAAAAAAAUCAAAGCUAUCUAUGUGUAAAUGUGUCUGACUAAACAUCCAAUUAAACCUCAUGAAGCUACGUGAACAUAGAUAUCCUAGGCCUGUAUAGUUUAAAUGAUUGUAUUGUAGACUGCAUGAAUAUUUCCUCAGGUAAACUUGUUGCUUUAUACAUAUUUUUUUUUAGCCCACCAUCAUCUGAUGGUGUGCUAUUCAAAUCACCCUGCGUCCGUGGUCCGUCCU